AUUGAUUUCUGAGCAUUUUACUCUUUGUUCUCAAGCUGCGCCUCAAUCGCUUGUGCUCACUCCCCCCGCCUCCAGCCUCCAGCCACCUGACCGCCCCCCUAGCCAGCCACCGGCCGCCUCUCGAGGACUAGGAUCGUGCCAUUUCGUGAAUAAGUCUGGCCCCCUUCCCCCGCGUUUGUCCCACCUUGGGCCCCUCCUCGAAUGUCUGGACUCCGCCAUGCGUUGGUGCGCUUCCUCGCGCCACUGGCGAGCAUUCUGCUGUGGUACGUGUUCUCUGUCGGCCUGACGUACUACAACCGAUGGCUGCUGCGAAGCUACGGCUUCCACUUCCCCAUCACUCUGACCAUGGUCCACAUGACUGUCAACUGGACGCUCUGCUGGAUUGUGCGCGCUGCCGACGAAUCACGGCAGAAUCGCCCGCGAACCACACUCAAUUGGCGCCAAACACUGACCAAGGUGGUGCCGUGUGCAUUGAUGGCUGCGCUGGAUAUCGCCCUGUCGAAUUCCGCCAUCAUGAUGGUCACGGUCAUUCUGUAUACCAUGAUCAAGGCCAGUUCCAUCGUGUUUCUGCUCGGGUUUGCCAUUCUCUUCCGCAUUGAGCGCUUCCGCGCCAAUCUCAUUGCCGUCGUCCUGUCCAUCUGCGUGGGACUGAUUUUGUUCUCGUACGGAAGCACCACCGUUGACGUUCUGGGGUUGUUUGUGACGCUCGGUGCAGCGAUGAGCGGCGGUUUGCGGUGGGUGUUGGUUCAAGUUCUUGUUCAAGGCAACGCUGGGCAUGGGCAUGGACCAAGCAAACCGGGACCCGAGCAACGCGAGCGCAUCCUGAACGGACCGCUCGAUACACUGUACCAUCUCACAUCCGUCAUGGCAUUGCUGUUACUCCCGUUGGCCAUGUACUUUGAAGGUGCGGCGCUCUUCUCGUCCGACCUCUUCCAUGAUUCGGCCACCCGACUCGCAACCACGAUCGCAGUGUUGCUGGUCGGAGGCACGCUCGCCUUCAUGAUGAACUUUUGCGAGUACCUGCUCAUCUGGCAAACGUCCGGGUUGGUGAUGGCUGUGGCUGGCGUAGUCAAGGACGUUGUCACGAUUGCGAUUUCCGCCAUGUUCCUCCACGAGGAUCGCUUUUCCGAAAUUAAUAUCGUGGGCGGGGUGGCCUUGUUCUUUGGUGUGGCCUUCUUUCACUACAUCAAGUACCAGCAGCACAAGCAUGUUGGAGGGGGGAUGGAAGCCGACGCUGGUUCGGCCACCCACCACUUUGACUCUAGCGCCGAUGAACGCUAUGCAUACUCGAGAACGAGCGAUACUUCCAGACUAUUGUCGCAAGGCAAUGACAUACAACUGGACCAGUUUCAGCAAGUAGACGCGUACCCAAACGUCCGGAAUGGCAGCCGAGUCUCGCCUGAAUCACACUCGCCGCUUUCAGACGACGAGUCGACCAUCCGGGUCUAUCCAUCGCGGUUUCGGCAACGCAAGGAGACGUCGUCCAAGCGAGCAGAUCAUGAAGCCUAGGAGGAGCGUUGAUGCUGGUUUGAUGUGUUGUGUGCUUGUUUCAUAAUUUAUUCCAUUCUCAUUCUCUUCCGUCACC